UCGCGCCACCAGCUAGUCCAGUGUUGUGUUGCUCUGGAACAGGUUGCCUGCCUUUGCUGACGUGAAGGGCUGAUGGGUGACAGGAUCCCAAACAAUAUUUGCCACUGGCUGUGUAGGAGGUCCGCCCGGCGACAAAUUUCCGAACUAUAAUGCACAAGGCUCACAGCUGCGAUGUCUUGUCUGAGACCGUUCCUUGUAGUCGGUGUCCUUUCUGCAUAAAGCAGCCAAAUAGCCUUGACGCGCGACUUCAGCUUCCUGUGCACCAAGUGUAAGCCCUAGACAGGCAGGUUUUGACGUUGCCAGUACAAGCAACAGCUCCCAGGCACUGUCACCCUUGGCUGUUUUACCCUGAGUUGGCUGCAAGAAGAGAGAAGACUCGAUAAUAGCUGGAACAGUCUACACUAAUGAUGAUCAAUCCUAAAACAAGCUUCUAACGGGGCGCUCAUUGAGCUAAUCAGAUCCUGUUAGCUACUAAGAUGUUGCUCAUGCUGUAAGCGUAAGCUCGGCACAGGUCUGCGAAACACCCCGGAUCAAUCAUGAGUGACUGGGCUGUGGCUCUCCUGGUUAUCGGGAUUACCAUAAUUGUAGCGGUGAUUAUUGCCAUCAUGUGCCGAGUCGUGGGGAUUUACCAUCUGACCUCGUGUUUCACGAGUGGCGAGGAGAAGCAAGUCUUGACCAAACAUGAGCAGUACAAUGGAUACAUGAUUAACUCGGACACUGAAUUCGUGCUGGACACGAGCGGAAAGUUCAUCCAGUAUGACACUCUGCACAGCGAUCCCCGUUACCUCACGAUGGAGGAGGGUCAUCUACCGACACGACAUUCCCCAAGCGGUAGGCAUUCACCGAUACAGGAAGAGAGUGACCGCGGCAGCCCUACAUCAGUGGGAUCAGCCUCUGUCGUGUCGGAAGUGUCAGAAAUCGGACAUGGACUUCAACGAGCUAUGUCAUGUGACAGCGUUGCUUCAGACUCCUCAGUUCUGGAAAUGCAGCCGGACAUGCCAAAAAUGGGUCAGCUUGAAGUGGGUCUCGAAUAUGACGGUGAAGCCUCUGAACUGGCCGUCAGCGUUAUCCAAGCCAGAGACCUGACGGCGAACCAAUAUACAGGUACUCUGGACACGUACGUCCGAGGGGUCAUCAUUCCAGACUCCGAUGCCAAGUUCCAGACAAAGGUACAGAAGAAUUCAACUGACCCUCUUUACAAGGAACGCUUCCUAUUCACCAUUGACCAGUACGAAGUUGACCAACGCAUUGUCCAGCUCCAAGUGUUUUCAGUUGACAAGUACCAAAGACACAAAGUGAUUGGCGAAGCGGAGAUACGCGUCGGGGACAUCGAUUUGAAUUAUCCAAUCAGAACUUGGCUCAAUCUCCGUGAUAUCGAUGAGACCCACACAGAGUAUGGGGACAUUUUAUUCUCCCUGAGCUACCUGCCCACUGCUGAAAGACUGACCAUUGUGAUCUCCAAGGCCAGGAACUUGAAAUGGAACGAGGAGAAGGAUGCUGGAGACCCAUUUGUGAAGGUAUAUCUGUUACAAAAUGGCAAGAAAAUCAGCAAAAAGAAAACAACCGUAAAGAGAGGUGAACACAAUCCGAUCUUCAAUGAAGCCAUGAUAUUCUCUGUGCCGUCUAGUGUGCUACAGACUGUCCAGUUGCGGAUUACUGUCGCUGAACUUCUGCCCGAUGGGAGGACGCCAUCUUUAGGCCACGUGAUAGUUGGAGCCGAUACCUCAGGGACGGAAUUGUCCCACUGGAACCAAAUGAUGACGUCACUGCGGAAACCGACUGCGAUGUGGCACAACUUGCGGAAAUGACCGUUGAUUGGCUGGCCUCGUUUUGUUGAACUGCUGGUGUUGAACGACGUAAACAACAACCCAAUUCAUUGGCUGAUGUAUUGUUAAGAAUUAUCCCAGCAGCCCAAAGGCCUCUUUCAAUAAAAAAAAAACAACACAAAAAUAAGAAAAGAACCUACACGGAAAAAACUGUUUAGAGGUCCUCAGAAAAAGGUGUUGUUGGAUUAUAUAAUGGUUGCCUGCGAUGUCCAGGAGGUAGGCCUGCAAUGAAUGAGACUUUUAGCAACCGAUCCUGUUCCACCACUUAUGCCAGUUUACAUAAAACCCAUCAAUACAGCGGUUCAUUUUUUGCCAUCUAUAUACUGAUUUUAGGAGAAUGAUAUCGAUGAAAUUGAAGGCUGUAAAUUACAAGACACAAAAACUUAUCUUGAAAAAAACAUCCAGUUGACAUGUUUAUGGCCUAUGUAGAACCCAACAUUCUAAUCGUUCUGUUUGGCUGCUGAAGACCGGUUGUCUGAGACUGAUAUCAGUGAAAUUGGAGGUCGAAAUUUACGACACAUGCAUAACUGUGGUCUUCAGUGAAAAGAGAAAAAACUGUGACUUUUCAUGGCUCAUGGUUACCAAAUGCCAUUUUAUUGAAGGCCUACCAAUCCAGCGGUUAUCUUGCAUGGAUAAAGCACAAAAAGGUCAGAUUCGCUGAACUGGACCAGAUACUGGAAACAACGGGGGCACGAGAAAUCAAAAGGUUUCCUUGUGUCCACCUUAAUAGUCAUGCACGAUUAUUUCUACUUAAUGUGAAGUGAUUUGGAAAGUAUGCAUGAAAUCCAAGACAAGUCAGCAUUUUCCUUAAGGUGAGAAAUUCGGUGAGAUUUAUAGACAUUGUCAUCAAAGCUUUACGGAAAUUAAAAGACAUCUAAUUGCGACGAAAUUUUGUUGAUAUAAAUGGAGCAUGUAUUGGACUUUAAGCGAUGACGAGUUCUUAAUGCAAAAUUCUCACCAAAUAACAAUUUUCUUGGAUAUAUGAAGGACUGUUUCAAAAACCAAUUAUAGUUUAUAGUCUGAUUAAAAUCCUGUCAGCAUUUAGCCAGCUUCCUACAGUUAGUCUUCUCCUCCACUACCUUGUAUCUGACAAGACAUGUUCAUUGGCCUGUUCCAAGUGUUUAUCAACCAAUUCUGUAGCCAAUCAAAAAGCUCAACAUUUUUGACAAGUUAUGUAUGACCAAAGCACUUGAGGAACAGAAGCAGAGCUUUGAUCAACAAAGGCUAUGAUUAUUAGCAAACCAGUUUUGAUCACUUUAACCUUAUUCUAACCUCUACGGUGAUUUAAUACAACUAUAGAUAGAAUUUUUUUGUAUAUACAAAGUGAAUGAUAUGUGCUUAUUUGUGGAUAACAAAGCAGUAGCAUGGUUUCAAACACUUAUCUGAAUAUACCAAGCAUCCAUAACAUAUUGACAAGCACUAGUAGGCCUUUCUCUACCCCAUAUUUUCAACGUUUUCCACAAACAAUAAAUAUACUAUCCAAUAUUUUAUAUGCCAUCUUUCUAACCAAAACUGUGCAUACAUUAGCAGCUUCCCUGAAGAGUCUCUAUGCAGGUUUGGUGUUCAUGGUCAGCACGUGCACUUUUCUUGUUGUAGAGGAACUCUCGACUGCUCUUUUGCACUUUUUCUGGUAUAAAAAUAAGCCUUCUUACAAACACCAAAAGUUUUGCAAAACAAGUGCCUUUAUCCAGCAUAGGCUAGCUGUAUUGUAGAACUUGUAAGGCAUUUAGACCUGGUACCUUGUUAUAGGGACAAUUCACACACCAGGUGUCUUGUGAAUAUGCGGUUGUAUUGCACCAUAUGAGUCUUAUUUUCUACUGUAUUCAGAGAUAUAAAGCUUCUGCACACCUUAUGAUUAACAAUAAUAAAAACAUUUCAUUUUCAUUUCUUUUUUAUCCACCAUAAAUCUUAAAUCAAAUACAUAGGUAUACAUGAGUGAUACAUUUGGUGGGAAUAUAUAUAUAUAUAUCUCAGCCCGAAUUUGUGGUAACCUAUUACGAAUAGCAUGUGCUAAUUGGCUUUGAAUAAAAUGAAUUUUGACAACGUAGGGAUCAAUGUUUACUUGUAUACCGUCAGGAAAUCUGACCGAGGAGGGGGAGUUUCUGAAUGGUGUAGGCCUACAAAUGCAUAAAAACUAUUUUAGACACUUUUUUACGUUUUACUGAUUCUAGUAAAACUUUUUUCUCUUAAAAAAAGCACUAUUGUCUUUAUUUAUACGAAAGUUCUAAAUGUGCGAAAUGGUAAGUAAUUGUUACAUUGUUUUCGGAAAUAAAAUGGAAGUUCAGGUCAUUGCAUCGACUUCGCAAUCUAUCAUUCCAUCAAAAAUAUUUAAAAAAUGUUGAAUAUCAAAAGAAUUAUAUUUAAAAUCGACACCAGCCACAAGAAUUGGAAAAACAUAGCUUCAGUAAUGGAUUGCUGAGAAGUGAAUUCCUAAGCCUACAAUCAGUACCUUGUAUAUUAAAAUAAAAUAAACAGUUCAUAGGAGUGUACAUGUUACGUGAAACAAAUGUUAUAUUUUUAUCAAUAUGAACUGCUGUUAAGAAAUUGUCAGAUUGAUUGAUAUAUACAGAAAGAAUGUGUGUUCAUUGUUACAUAGGUUUGUCUAUAUAGAGGCCAUUUAUUGUUUGUGAUCGGCUGCUCAACACGUUUUGAAAUGCAUUAAUAUAUAUUGUUGUUGGCUUUAGCAUUCUCUCUUCUUGUAAACAAAGUAUGAAUUUGUUAAAUUUUGCACUCUUGUAAGUACUGUGAAUAUUUUUCGAAAAGUGUUGAAUGUAUGCGGAGGCUUUACCUCUAUGCUGACAUUGUCCGAAACGAGGAAACCAAGGGAGGAAACAGUUCGUGAUUGUUAACAUAGCAGGAUUGUCUCCCUUCGUCCCUCUUACAGUUCCUUUUAAUCCAUUCUUCAAAGAAAAACACCUGUUCUAUUUUCAAUAAAUAAUUCGAAAUAGGUUUCUGUUCCAUAUUCGGAUUAUUAUAUGUCCCCAUUCUUGAAUUGUCUGAUUUACUUGAUAAAAGUUAAGAUCUGUUACUUUCCACAAACAAACCAAGUCCACAUUUGCAUGUUGAGAUAUAUAUUGUGAAAUGUCAUAUGUUACCAAAGUAUCCAACUAUUACAACAUUACUGUUUCAACAAUUUCCAUCUUUUUGCAUCAAUAAAUGUUGUAA